AGAGGCAGGAUUGCGAAAGUACAGCAGCCGACAGGGCUCAAAAUGACUUCGGCGGCUGCAUCAGCUGUUUGCAUCGAUAUGCUGGGUACUCGGCUCCGCCCCCACCAGGAGCGCCGAGUGAUCGAUGGAGCAGCAGCUGACGACAAUUCCUCCUUGUAACACCGGCCAUUUCCGUGCCGGGCCUGAAAGAGAAGCAGGCUGUGACUCCCCCCCCCCCCACUCCUUGUAUCGUACAGUAAAAGAAGUGAUAAUAUGCCUCCCAAAUUCAAGCGCCACCUCAACGAUGACGACGUUACUGGGUCAGUGAAAAGUGAGAGGAGAAACCUCUUGGAAGAAGAUUCAGAUGAAGAGGAGGACUUUUUCUUAAGAGGACCAUCAGGCCCAAGGUUUGGACCCAAGAAUGACAAGAUCAGGCAUGUCCAAAACCAGGUUGAUGAAGUUAUUGACGUCAUGCAAGAGAAUAUCACCAAGGUGAUAGAAAGGGGAGAGCGGCUGGGCGACUUGCAGGAUAAGUCAGAGAGCUUAUCUGACAAUGCAACAGCUUUCAGCAACCGAUCCAAACAGCUCCGGCGACAGAUGUGGUGGCGAGGCUGUAAGAUGAAGGCCAUUGUGGCUCUGGUUGCUGUUGUCGUCCUGCUAGUGAUUAUUGUUCCCAUCAUCCUCAAAUACCACACUUGACUUGCUGAUGGAGAUCGCUGUGGACGUGUCUUCAGUAUGACAGCAAAGACAUGGCUGUGUGACUGCAAUGGAACAUAACAUGUAUAUAGCUUUGAAAUGUUUCUUUCUUGGAGGCAAGUGCCCAGCUCUAACGAGGGCAUUUUGGAGGACCUGGCAAACCAUCCUUUUCCAGCCAAGAAUUCAUUCUAGUGUCCAUAUAGAAUCCAAACCUCAUUGUUGCUCUGUUGAAGGAAGCCCAGUUUGGAGCCACAAAUGCCAGUAUUUUUUUUUUAAGUCUGUAUAUAUUGCUAACUGGUAAUGAUGUUAUUUAUAAUUUAAACUAUUUCCUACUACUGCUGGCAGAGGUCAGUGAAAGAAGGGGUGGGAGGGAGGGAAUGAUGUAUAUAAAUUCUAUAUAUCAUUGUUUUAAAAACCCUAACUAUUCUGUUCAGUGAAAAACUGCAAGGAUGUCCCCUUCUCAUGUUAAAAACAAAACACACUUUUGCAAGCAGAUUUUCUGUACUUGGUAAGGGAUCCAGCUCUAUGUUCUCAAUAUUACUGCUCAUGAAUGUGACCUAAAGGCAUUCCAGUAAAAACCUAUUUUUGACUGUA